AUGGCACAACUCCACUCUACUGUGAUUACCUUGAACAUUUCCUCCACUCCUGGAUAUUUACCUCAUUCUUUCUGGUCCAGUGGUGCACUUGGUGCGGUGGUGCUGUCCAUCUGCUUCCUGCUGGGAUUCCCUGGAAACAUCGCUGUCAUCAUUCUCAAGCCAAACUGGAAGAACAUGUCCAGUCUGAGUCAAAGUUUGAUGCUGAACCUGGCUGUUUCAGACCUGCUCUGCACGCUUACCACACCAGUACUGAUUUACUCUUUCCUCAAUAGCUGGACUUUAGGCCUGGUUUCUUGCAAACUCAUAAUGUACUUUAUUUAUUGCAGCAUUUAUAGCAGCCUGCUGACUGUGACUGUGCUGAGUGUCCAGCGAUACCUUCAGGCAGUGUACCUUGAGAGGAGGUUACAUGAGGUUAAAGCGUGGAAGCUGCUGGUUCCACUCUGGCUGGUUGUGAUCAUCCUGUCCAUUCCUGCUUUAGUCUUUCAACAGCCGGUGGAAGAACUGCACCAUUUAACAUGCAGUAGUCAGUACGCCUCCAAGGGUCAGAGGAUGGCUGUGGUGUUGACAGAGACUCUUGUAGGAACUGUGUCACUGUUUGCCAUUGUUUUUUCAUACAUCAGUCUCUACAGAAAAGUAAAUCAGGCCCCCUUGUUCAACAAUCCACGGACCACCAGACUGAUUACCAGCAUUAUUGUGACUUCUGUUGUCUUGUGGAUCCCAUAUCGUACCGUAACUGUGCUGGGUGUGGCAGCUAUUUACUCAAAUGAUGAGAACCUGCAGAAGAUUUUUGAAGACAGCUGGCACAUACUUGGAUCAGUAACAUUUGUAAAUAGUGCCGUGAAUCCACUCCUGUAUGCCUUUACUUCUAAGCGUUUGGCCACCUGCUGCGAAAAAAUUACUCAACAGUUAAUACAAAACUUCAGAAUUCCUUAA